AUGUCUUUGACCUCUGCUUACCAGCAUAAAUUAGCAGAGAAGCUCACUAUCCUGAAUGAUCGAGGACAGGGGGUUCUCAUCCGUAUGUAUAACAUCAAGAAGACUUGUUCAGAUCCCAAAUCCAAGCCACCUUUCUUACUGGAGAAGUCCAUGGAAUCAUGUCUCAAGUAUAUCAACAAGAAAUUUCCCAACAUAGAUGUUCGAAGCAGCACGCAACAUUUAGGACCAGUACAUCGCGAAAAAGCUGAAAUAACUAGAUUCCUCACCAACUACUAUCAGUCAUUUGUUGACGUCAUGGAAUUUCGGGAUCAUGUAUAUGAACUUCUCAACACCAUUGAUGCCUGCCAGUGCCAUUUUGAUAUUAAUCUCAACUUUGACUUUACUCAGAGUUACCUGGACUUGAUUGUGACUUACACCUCAGUUAUUUUACUUCUGUCACGGAUUGAGGAUCGACGGAUACUCAUUGGCAUGUACAACUGUGCCCAUGAGAUGCUGCAUGGGCAUGGUGACCCCAGUUUUGCUCGUCUGGGUCAGAUGGUCUUGGAGUAUGAACACCCUCUGAAGAAGCUGACGGAAGAGUUUGGGCCUCACACAAAGGCUGUGAGUGGAGCCCUCCUCUCUUUGCACUUCCUCUUUGUCAGAAGGAACCAGGGGGCUGAGCAGUGGCGCAGUGCCCAGCUUCUAAGUCUCAUCAGCACUCCUCCAGCCAUGAUUCACCCUGCUAAUUCAGACACAAUGGCCUGUGAGUAUCUGUCCAUGGAAGUGAUGGAGCGCUGGAUUAUAAUUGGGUUUCUUCUUUGUCAUGGGUGCCUCAACUCCAAUAGCCAGUGCCAGAAGCUGUGGAAGCUGUGUCUGCAGGGCUCCCUGUACAUCACUCUCAUCCGGGACGAUGUGCUACAGGUGCACAAGGUCACUGAGGACCUGUUUAGCAGUUUGAAAGGGUAUGGCAAGCGAGUGGCAGACAUAAAGGAGAGCAAGGAACACAUGAUUGCAAACAGUGGCCAGUUUCACUGUCAACGGCGGCAAUUUCUGCGGAUGGCAGUGAAGGAGCUGGAGACGGUGUUAACUGAUGAACCAGGACUAUUGGGUCCCAAGGCCCUUUUUGCUUUCAUGGCUCUGUCCUUCAUUCGUGAUGAGGUCACGUGGCUGGUUCGUCACACAGAAAAUGUCACCAAGACAAAGACACCUGAGGACUAUGCUGACUCGAGCAUUGCAGAGCUACUUUUCUUGUUGGAGGAGAUUAGGGCUCUGGUCCGAAGGCACAUCAGAGUGAUACAGCAAUACCACCUUCAGUAUUUAGCCAGAUUUGAUGCUGUUGUGCUCAGUGACAUCAUUCAGAACUUGUCUGUGUGCCCAGAGGAGGAGUCCAUCAUCAUGUCCUCAUUCGUCAGUACUCUCUCUUCUCUGAAUCUCAAACAAGUUGAUAAUGGAGAGAAAUUUGAAUUCUCUGGAUUGAGGCUGGACUGGUUCCGCCUACAGGCAUACACAAGUGUGGCUAAGGCCCCCCUGCACCUGCAUGAGAACGCUGACUUAGCCAAGGUGAUGAACCUCAUUGUCUUUCACUCUCGAAUGCUGGAUUCAGUAGAGAAAGUGCUGGUAGAGACUUCUGACCUGUCUACUUUCUGCUUUCAUCUUCGUGCCUUUGAGAAGAUGUUUGCCAUGACCCUGGAGGAACCUACCAUGUUGCGUUAUGCCAUUGCUUUCCCCCUGAUUUGUGCUCAUUUUGCCCACUGCACUCAUGAGAUGUGCCCAGAGGAGUACCCCCACCUGAAGAACCAUGGUCUUCACCACUGCAACUUCUUCCUGGAAGAGCUGGCCAAGCAGACCAGCAACUGUGUCCUGGAGAUCUGUGCUGAACAGAGAAACCUGAGCGAGCAGCUUCUACCUAAGCACUGUGCCACUACCAUCAGCAAGGCCAAGAACAAGAAAACCAUGAAGCAGAGGCAGACUCCCAGGAAAGGAGAGCCUGAGAGGGACAAGCCAGGAGCUGAGAGCCACCGGAAGAACCGCAGCAUUGUCACCAACAUGGACAAGCUGCAUCUAAACUUGACAGAACUGGCAAUAACAAUGAAUCAUGUAUAUAGUUUCUCUGUGUUUGAACAUACUAUCUUCCCUUCUGAGUAUCUCAGCAGCCACCUGGAGGCCAGACUCAACAGAGCCAUUGUGUGGCUAGCUGGCUACAAUGCCACGACCCAGGAGAUCGUAAGACCCUCUGAGGUGUUGGCAGGAGUCAAAGCGUACAUCAGUUUCAUACAGUCUCUGGCCCAGUUUUUGGGUGCAGAUGCUUCCAGAGUCAUCCGCAAUGCCCUCCUGCAGCAGACACAGCCACUGGACUCAUGUGGGGAACAGACUAUCACCACUCUCUACACAAAUUGGUACCUGGAAAGUCUGCUUAGACAGGCGAGCAGUGGGACCAUCGUCCUUGCUCCAGCCAUGCAGGCCUUCAUCAGCCUCCCCAGAGAGGGGGAGCAGAACUUCAGUGCAGAGGAAUUCUCUGACAUCUCUGAGAUGCGGGCCUUGGCUGAACUCCUGGGCCCCUAUGGCAUGAAAUUCCUGAGUGAAAACCUGAUGUGGCAUGUGACCUCUCAGAUUGUGGAGCUAAAGAAGCUGGUGGUGGAAAACAUGGAUAUACUUGUUCAGAUCAGAUCCAACUUUAGCAAGCCAGACUUGAUGGCUUCUCUGCUGCCCCAGCUGAUGGGUGCUGAAAAUGUGCUGAAGCGCAUGACCAUCAUUGGAGUUAUCCUCAGUUUUAGGGCCAUGGCCCAAGAAGGACUUCGGGAAGUUUUCUCCUCUCACUGUCCGUUUCUUAUGGGUCCCAUUGAAUGCCUGAAGGAGUUUGUCACCCCAGACACAGACAUUAAGGUGACCUUGAGUAUCUUUGAGCUGGCAUCUGCUGCAGGGGUGGGUUGUGACAUUGACCCAGCACUGGUAGCUGCCAUUGCCAAUCUCAAAGCUGAUACUUCAUCCCCUGAGGAAGAAUAUAAGGUGGCCUGCCUGCUCUUGAUCUUUCUUGCUGUUUCCCUCCCACUCCUUGCCACUGACCCUUUGUCCUUCUACAGCAUUGAGAAGGAUGGUUACAACAACAAUAUCCAUUGCUUGACCAAAGCCAUCAUCCAGGUGUCUGCUGCUCUCUUCACACUUUACAACAAGAAUAUUGAAACUCACCUCAAGGAAUUUCUGGUGGUGGCCUCUGUCACCCUCUUGCAGCUGGGCCAGGAAACUGACAAACUUAAAACCAGAAAUCGGGAAUCCAUUUCUCUGCUCAUGCGCUUGGUGGUAGAGGAGUCAUCCUUCCUGACCCUGGACAUGUUGGAGUCCUGUUUCCCUUAUGUCCUUCUUCGAAAUGCCUAUCGGGAGGUAUCCCGGGCCUUCCACCUGAACCGGGUGCCUGCCAGUACCCACUGAAGUGCCCUGUGAACCUACCUAAACCCACGCCAUAGUGGAAGCUGUGGUCAUUUUCUCAAAGGGUAGAAGUGGAGGUGGGGUCACUAGAGAGAGGGUCAAGAGUCAGAGCUGACAAACAGGUAUAUGGAGGAAUGACCGAGGGCUGAGAAAUCAAAGAGAAGUGGGGGCAGGCUGGGGGCAUGGAGGACAGUUUAUAGAAAAAGUUAGGGGAUUGGGGCCACAUGUGUGAAUUUUUACAAUGAAGAAAACGAGUGACAUGCAAGUAUAUUUUCUAUCUUUUGGUGACUAGAGCUUGAGCUCUGACAGGCAUGGUUUUCUCUGACCUUCAUCACUAUUCUAGGAUAAUGCUGGCAGGCAGAGAUGAUCAAUCAUCAUAUUAAACCAUAAUGAUCUUAUAAUCCUCCCACUGGAGCUGCUAUUGUCUCCUGCACAUUCAUUAGGAUGAUUAUCUCCUCUCUUCCUUUUCCAAAUGUGUUCAGCAAACAUUCAGCCUGCUCCUUCUGUAUAGUGGUUGCAGAGAAACCCCUCUUUUCCUUUGGGUCCCUUCCUUUGCCUCCAGCUUGACUGCCUUUCCUACUGGGGCAAAAGGAAGUACUCUUCAGAGAUUUUCACUGUCCACCUGCUCCAGUAUACAUUGUGGGUAAUGAGUAAGUUCUCUUAUGCUUUAAACCCUCCUGCUUUGUCUUUGAUAUCUCCACAACCCAGAGCAGAGGAUCAGUAUAGAUCAAUUCUAGGUCACAUGGCAACUGAUUGGACUAGACUCACGUGGUCAAAUUUUUUCCCUCCCAUACCAUUUGGGGGAACACUCCCUCCUAUCUGGAAGGACUAAUUUAGCCCCAAAUCCUCUUGUCAGCCUGAGUAUAGCUGUUGCUCCAGGCAGGGAUUUCUCUUCUAGAUCUUAAAUUUCACAGACCUCAUUAGGUUGUAGGGCCCUGAAAGUAGGUAUCCUUGAGGGAGUACAGGCUGUUUCAACUUAGCUCUUUUCUGAACUAAUUAGAAUUUCAAGUGUCUAGAGCCCGAGGCAUUCAAGAUAGCACAAAACUAGGUUUAGUUAGUAGGAAACAGUGGCCCCAUCCAUCACUUCUGUGCACCCACUGCUAGGGAGGACUGAAGCAACAGAUCAUAUAUGUCACAGGUCUUAGUGGUUUGAAUGGGCAAAUAUAAUUAGCUAGUUUAUUAAUU